AUGGCCGAGUACAGAUAUCUGGCCAAGCCAGACCCGGAAUGGAUUGAUUUCCCCAACAACCUGCCUCCCGGGACCAAGGUCUACGGCAUGACCAGGGACCGCGAGCCCAUCACGCCGCAAGACGGGCUCGAGAUCUCCGAGCUCGACGUUGCCGCGCGCGAUGCGCAUCCCGUCCGCCUCCGCAGCUACCGCAAGAUGAAAUCCACAGACGCCAAGCUGCCGCUGUUUCUGUACAUGCACGGCGGCGGCUACGUGACGGGCGGGCUGGAGACUGACGACACGACGUGCCGCGCCAUCGCCGACAGGCUCGACAUUCACGUCGUGAGCGUCGAGUACCGACUCGCGCCGGAGCACAAGUUUCCGGUUGGGUUUCAAGACUGCUUCGACGUGGUUCGAUGGGUUGCCUCGGAACAAGGACAGGACAAGCUGAAGGUGGACCUGCGCAAGGGCUUCGUGCUCGGCGGCACAUCCGCCGGCGCCAACUUUACCUCUGGCAUCUCGCAUUAUGCGCGCGACGAGGGGCUGACGCCUGAAAUCACGGGCGUCGUGUUCCUCGCCGGGAGCUACUGCCAUCCAGACGCGCGGCCCGCCAAGUACCUCGACCGCAUCCUGAGCAUUGACGAAAUCAACGACGCACCUGGCCUGACGCGCAAGUCGAUUGACUAUUUUGCUGCAAAAUACGGCGCUCCACCGACCGACAAGCGGCUGUCGUCGCUGCUGUUCGACUCGCACGCCGACAUUGCCAGGAAAGCCUACUUUUCCGUCUGCGGCUGGGAUCCCCGCCGAGACGAGUCGCUGCUGCUCGAGCAGCUCCUCAGGGAGGAAGGGCUGGGCACCAAGCUGGACGUGUACCCGGGCUUGCCGCACGGGUUCUGGACGACGUGUCCUGAUCUGCCAGAGUCGAAGCGCUGGCUGGAGAAGCUCCUGCAAGGGCUUGCGUGGAUGUUUGGUGACGACGAUGACGAAGCGUAG